GGGGCGAGAAUGACGUCAGACAGACGCCAAGAGCGAUAGACAGUGACGUCAUGAAUGUGUACUUUGCGUCAAGGGGCGUCCUGGCAGUGUUACUGCCAGCUAGAUUGCCAGCUCUGCAGCACAGAGGUUCUCGCAUGAAUGGCUGCCAUACGCAAGAAGCUGGUGAUUGUGGGGGAUGGGGCGUGCGGGAAAACAUGUCUGCUCAUCGUCUUCAGCAAAGACCAGUUUCCUGAGGUCUACGUGCCGACGGUGUUUGAGAACUACGUGGCCGACAUCGAAGUGGAUUCCAAGCAGGUGGAACUGGCGCUGUGGGAUACAGCGGGGCAGGAAGACUACGACCGCCUCAGACCUCUCUCCUAUCCCGAUACCGAUGUCAUCCUCAUGUGUUUCUCCAUCGAUAGUCCUGACAGUUUGGAAAACAUCCCGGAGAAAUGGACCCCAGAAGUGAAACAUUUCUGCCCCAACGUGCCCAUAAUCCUGGUGGGGAAUAAAAAAGACCUGAGGAACGAUGACCACACUCGGCGGGAGCUCGCCAAAAUGAAGCAGGAGCCGGUGAAGCCGGAGGAGGGCAGGGAAAUGGCCAAUCGGAUCGGAGCGUUCGGGUAUCUCGAGUGUUCAGCGAAGACGAAGGACGGCGUCCGUGAGGUGUUUGAAAUGGCGACACGCGCUGCGCUGCAGGCCAAGCGAGGACGGAAGAAGAACACGUGUGAUCUCCUGUGAGGAACACGCUCCGGGUCGCCCACGUUCCCUCUGCCUCCA